CACUCACAGCACGCUGCUGCUGCUGCUGAUGAUGAUGAUGAUGGGAGGGAAGUUUGAUCCUGCUGGCAGUGCCUCCCUCCACUCUCCUCUUCGUGCUGCCUCAAUGUGAGAUUUCUGGACUGAAUUCAGCAGUGACUAGUACUGGGUCUGGGCUGUGAGGGGCUCAGAGGCUGGACUCUGAACGCAGAGAGCGCCACAUGGAGGCGGUGCUGAAAAACUUGGCGAGCACAGCGGAGCUGCUGGCCGUGGCGGCGCACAGCGAUGCGGUGGAGCAGUGGGAUAAACAAACUCUGACCAGAGCUUUUCAGUGGGCUCGGUACUGCGAGCACGUCUUCAACAGGUUUCACAAUAAUCCCGCUACGAGGAGGAUUAUGGAGAAGCAGUUGCAGCUCACAAAUCAAAGCCUGCGAGCUGCCUUCCCUGGAUAUACAGAGAUCUCCUUCUCGGACCUCUCACGAUGUCAGCACCUGUUGCUAGUUGGUCUGUUGAACAAUCCGGAUCUCCCCUGCUCCAUCUUGAAAAUACUCUUUGACAGUCCUGUAACCACGAAGCAGAGUGAGUAUCAGGAUGUCACAGGCCUCUGUAGCCACAUCAUCCAGUGUAAAUCUGCUUGUAAAGUCCUGAGUCCUCUCACUGGCGUGUCAGCUGUUGGUGCUGAUGCUGAGGUUCAGGGGGUGAUGCUGAUGGAGAGGCUGGGUGCUCUGCUGAGCCAAAGCGGAAAAGCCAGCCAAACAGAGCACUUUUUAGACUCCGUCCUCCAGGGAUGUGAAGGAGAAACAGAACAUUUCUGUCAGGUCAUCGCUGCGGCUCUGCUGACAACGAAAACCUCUGCUGCACAGACUGCCUCGCAGGAUUUUCUCUUGGACUGGCUGCAGAACAAACACAGUGAGCUGCAGCACCUGUGUUCAGCACUGCACACUACACUUCUGACAGAUCUCGCCAAAAAACACCUGAAAUUUAGAGAUGCAUACUGCGGUGUGCUAAAAAAGUGGACCUCUGAUAUGGAGUACAGCAUAAGUGAUGGUGAAUGGGUUCAAACCGGCACAAAUCAAACUGUGUCCUUCAAGAGACUGACUGAACACUUUCUUGCCUUGUUUGAGGCCUGUCCCGCUCAGAGGGAGGAUGUAGAAAAAGAGCUAAAUGCUUUGAAAAUUUCUGAUGGAGACUUUGAUGUCAGAGGUCUGAGUGUGUGGGGAGACCUCCUGUCAGCAUUAAACAAGUGACUGUCAGUCUUUGAGUGUCUGCAGAGCCUCAAGAGACGGACAAAUGAGUCUUUUCAUAUUUUGAUGCAAUGUUUGACCAAGGCUGGAUAUUAAACAUCAUUACACUUUUGAUGCCAAACAAAAUGUGUUGGUUGUAUUUCAAGCUAUGAAUUAGGCAAGAGACAAUAUAAAGAUGUCAAGACACAAUUAACAAAAUAUACUUAAAACUUAAAGACAAUAUCUAAAAUUGCACUAAAACAUG